UCAUCAGUUUAAGGCAUGAGGCGCAUGUUCUCGCGCUCGCGCUCCUGUUCUCGCGCGCCGGGCUGCUCCGCGACGGUGAGGCGCGACCGGUACCCCUUCAGUCCUCCGGCGGGGGUCCGAGCGGACCCAGCACCCGCUCCACACACACACACCGCCGCACGAGAGCACUUCAGGGUGUGUGAGGCGACAAAAACAUGAAUUUGUGGCUCGCGCGGCGUCUUCGGCCGGUGCAUUGUGGGAUAGGCCGUGACGUCACCGCGUCUCGCUCUUCGGGUCGCUCCCAUAAAGUUCAAGAAGUGACAGGCCCAUAUAUGGCAGAGGGGCGGGGUCAGUGGGCAGGACCUUCGAUGCCCGUCAGAUGAUUGGCAGCGGUGAUGUCAGACAGCGGCUGGGAGUGGGCGGAGCUACAGGAGCGUUUCAGGUGAAGGAUGCGCGAGAGAAGCUGGGACAGAAGGACGCUCGGUUCCGGAUCCGGGGUGGAGGGGGUGGGGGUGGGGGAGGGGGCGGAGCCAGAGCCGUUCAGGACGCCCGGCAGCUGAUAAACUCGCGCAAACGGCAGCAGACUCCGCCUCCGAGCGCGACACCCGCUAAACCCAUGGGAAUCCCUCACAUCCAGAUCCACAACACUGGCCCCAUCUCCACCGGGCCCCGGCCCCAGAGCACCAGGAUGGGCGUCGCCCUGCAGCCGGGGGGCGGGAUCACGAAAGUAGUGGAUGCACGUGAUAGGCUGAGCUUAAAGAGAAGCAUCCCGACGGCGUCCAAUCAGAGCGCAGCAUCUAUGAAGAUCACCAAAACCAUCCAGCAGAGGCCUGUGGGAAUGACCAGCGGGAUCCGCAUCAAUGUUCCCAGUGGAGCCGCUCCGGUCAUGUCUGCCGCUGCUGAUGAAGAGGAUGGAGCCCUGAUUCCCAACAAACAGAUGAAGAUCACUACAGCCAGCUUCCUGCAGACACGAGUGGGGCCCGUCUCUCUCUCGACUCCCAUCACUAAGGUGGUGAAGAACGACUCUUACACUCCUCCUUCAGUCUCGGUGCCGCCCGCUCGCCCCACUCGCCCCCCCACACAGAGCCUACAGCCCGUCUGCAGAACCACCAUCGGCACACAACAGACCAGCGGAGACCCCAGCGGCCCCACACACACACCUGCACAGCCUGUCUUCAGUCCUCUGGAGGGCACAAAGAUCACGGUCAACAACCUUCAUCCUCGAGUGACGGAGGAGGAUAUAGUGGAGCUGUUCUGUGUGUGCGGUGCGCUGAAGCGGGCGCGGCUGGUGAAGCUGGGCGUGGCCGAGGUGGUGUUUGUGCGCAAGGAGGAUGCAGUCAGCGCCUACAGGAAGUACAACAACCGCUGCCUGGACGGUCAGCCGAUGAAGUGUAAUCUGCACAUGCAGGGCAGCGUGAUCACGUCAGAGCAGCCCAUCCUCCUGAGGCUGAGCGACUCGCCCGGCGCAGCAGCAGCGGUGCAGAAGGACUCCUCGUCUCGCUCCGGCUCCAAGACGUCCUCCGGGCCGGAGGUGGAUCCUCAGACCAUCCUGAAGGCUCUGUUCAAAUCGUCUGGUCAGAGCGGCUCCGGCGGAGCGGAGACGAGCGGCCCUCACUCCACCGCCUUCCGCAUCAAGAUCUGACCCCUGCUUCUACGAGCGGAGCUCCUCGUGUUCACACAGCUCCUGCUUCACUGCGCUUUUAACGCCUUUCUCUGACUCCGCUUUCUGUUUUCUUCAGUAAAGAUCUUGCUUUAUAAUCA